GCGUGACGUAGGUUUCCGCUGCUCACUACGACCACCCUUGGCGGGCUGGAAACUUUGUCCCCAGAGCCAGGGCCCGAGACCCGAGCCUGCUCCGGAGCCCUCGGCGCAGUCCGGGGUGCGCCGGCAUCCCCAGUCCCGAAACUCCUCCCGCGACCCACGCCCUCCAACAGACAGCCGACCUCCCCACCGACGCUGUCCCCGCCCCCGAUCUGUCAGCCCCAUCGCCAGCCCCGGGCCCAGAGGACCACUGCAGAGAUGAUCGCGCUGUGGCUGUGGCUCCUCGGACAGAAGCUGCUGCUCUGGGGGACGGCGAGCGCCCUGUCCCUGGCCGGCGCCGCCCUACUCCUCACCGUCACGCAGAUGGUGGCGAGCUACGCGCGGAAGUGGCAGCAGAUGAGGCCCAUCCCGUCCUUCGGCCCUGCCUACCCCUUGGUGGGACACGCGCUGUUGAUGAAGCCGAAUAGCGCCGAUUUUUUUCAGCAGUUAAUUCAGUACACGGAAGAAUUCAGACACCUGCCACUUCUAAAGCUAUGGAUUGGACCAGUGCCCAUGGUGACUGUUUAUAAUGCAGAAAAUGUGGAGGUAAUUUUAACAAGUUCAAAACAAAUUGAUAAAUCAUCAAUGUACAAGUUUUUAGAGCCAUGGCUUGGACUAGGUCUUCUUACAAGUACAGGAAACAAGUGGCGCUCCAGGAGAAAAAUGCUAACACCUGCUUUCCAUUUUACAAUUCUGGAAGACUUCUUAGAUGUCAUGAAUGAGCAAGCAAAUAUAUUGGUUAAUAAGCUUGAAAAACAUGUUGACCAAGAAGCAUUUAACUGCUUUUUUUACAUCACUCUUUGUGCCUUAGAUAUAAUAUGUGAAACAGCCAUGGGGGAGAAUAUUGGUGCUCAAAGCAAUGGUGAUUCUGAGUAUGUUCGUGCAGUUUAUAGGAUGAGUGACAUGAUACAUCGAAGAAUGAAGAUGCCCUGGCUUUGGCUUGAUCUUUGGUACCUUAUGUUUAAAGAAGGAAGGGAACACAGAAGAGGACUCACAAUCUUACAUACUUUUACUAAUGGUGUCAUUGCUAAACGGGCCAAUGAAAUUAAGGCAAAUGAAGAAUGCACCUAUACUCACAAGGGCCAUGUCCCCACCACAAACAAACGCAAAGCUUUUCUUGACUUGCUUUUAAGUGUGACAGAUGAGGAAGGGAACAAACUAAGUCAUGAAGAUAUUCGAGAAGAAGUUGACACCUUCAUGUUUGAGGGUCAUGACACUACUGCAGCUGCCAUAAACUGGUCGUUAUAUCUACUGGGUUCUUAUCCAGAAGUCCAGAAAAAAGUGCACAAUGAGUUAGAUGAAGUGUUCGGAAAAUCCAACCUCCUCCCUACCUUGGAAGACCUAAAGAAAUUGAAAUAUCUGGAAUGUGUCAUUAAGGAGACGCUUCGCCUUUUCCCCUCUGUUCCUUUAUUUGCCAGGAAUCUUAAUGAGGACUGUGAAGUGGCGGGAUACAGAAUUUCAAAGGACACUGAAGUGGUCAUCAUUCCAUAUGCUUUGCACAGAGACCCCAAACAUUUCCCAGAUCCUGAGGAAUUCCAACCAGAGAGGUUCUUUCCAGAAAAUGCUCAAGGACGCCAUCCAUACUCCUAUGUGCCCUUCUCUGCAGGACCCAGAAACUGCAUAGGUCAGAAGUUCGCUAUCAUGGAAGAAAAGGUCAUUCUUGCCUGUGUCCUGAGGCAGUUUUGGGUAGAAUGCACCCAGAAAAGGGAAGACCUUGGCCUGUCAGGAGAUUUGAUUCUUCGGCCAAAUAAGGGCAUCUGGAUAAAGGUGAAGAGGAGACACAUGAAAGAAUCCUGACUGUACUCUCAGGCUGGGCCUGAGCAGCAAAAUAGUUGUUCUAUCAGCUUGUGGGGUUUAGAGUUUGUAGAUCAUGAAUUUGAUGUUCUGAACCCUCAAACUUAAUGUUUGUCUUUUCCCCACUGUGGUUGGGAUCCAGUCUGUGAUGUGAUGUUUUUGUAUGUUCAUUAUCAUCGUAGGCAUGAUGUGAUGAUGCCUGCUUUUGGUUUCAAAGGUACCUGUAGCUGCAUUAGAAUAACAAGGUUCUCAACACCAGGACCUACAGGUCUAUUCAAUUCCAUUUAAUAGACUCAAAGGUUAUAAUUAGUUAAAAUCUUGGGAUUUUUCAAAAGUAUUGUUUUUGAUUCUGAGAUAUAUAUAUGUGAAAAUGAUAAGCUUUUUGAUGCAAGGGACCUGUGGUUUAAAAAGCAUCAUCAAUGGCAUCAAUUAUUAGAAGAAUAAUUAUAAUAUCAUGAUUCAGAUUGUAUCACAAAAGUGGAUCAUUUACAUGUUUAACACAAGUUCUAUUCCAUAGCCCUUUUUGACUAUGCACUUAGAAUCUUCUUUUCAUUCUCCAUAGAGUCACAGUUGCCUUUGUACAUUAUACGUUACUGCAAGAGAUUUCUCUUGGUAAUCGCAACUGCUUCCAGUGCCUCCUAAUUGAUGGCUUUUGGAAUUUUUGUAGCCUUACAACUUAACUACUUAUGCACUCUUCUAUUAGAAUCAGGGAAAUGGAAACAAGGAGAAAGUAUAUUUCUGUCCUAAAUCCUAUUAAUAGUUAGGGAAAGGCUAGGAAUAGAUAGAGGUCUAUAUGAAAAACUAUUCUACUCCAGUUCUGAUGUACUUUCUCCUACAAUAUGCGUUGGCUGUAUAGAACUCAGGACUAUGACUGCAUGGAUUCCAACUCAAGACUUCUGCUUCUGGUACAAGAAUUUUUCUUAGAAAUUCUAAGAAUUCUACACUUAUUGGGGGAAAGUUGUUCAUCUAUAUUUAGUGAUAUAACGUUUGGCUUAUGGUUAAAAAAUCUACUUAAUUCAGCCUGGUGAGGAUACCAAUUGAGCUGGUAAUUGAUACAUAGUCUAUGGAUUUUAAUUUGAUGCAUAAUAAAUAAUUUGAUGCAUAUUUCCUGGUUCAGUGAGUUUUAGAAACUGCUUUUAAUAAAUAGUCUUAACAAGA